GUGUGCACCACUACGCUAGCUUCGCCACUGGUUCUAAUCCAAACUAGAAAAGCAUCUCAAAACACUAGCAAGAUCAAUCCGGUCAGCGCCCCCACUUCGGAUAGGCUCGCCGCUCUACGCCCAAUCCACCCGAGUUACCGGCGGUCCGUCGUGCCACUGCCGCCCGCCCGGCGCGACGCGACGCCUGACGCCGUGCUAACCCGCAACGCCCUUGUACUGGUGGUCAUUUCCCACAUGCACCGGCUCAAACCGCACGAAGCCGCCUCCCUCCCGCGCGAAGUCCUCGAAGCCCACGUCGUGUCGCUGGUCCGCCAGUGCCCCGACCUCCUCGCGCUCCGCGGCGCGCACGCCCGCCUCCUCAGGCUCCGCCUCCCGCGCCUCACCGCCGCCUUCGCGCUCUCCAAGCUCCUCGCCUCCUGCGCCGCGUCCGCUGCCACCACGACCACCGCCGCGGCGUUCUACGCCCGCAACCUGUUCGACCAAAUCCCCGACCCGACCGCCUUCUGCUUCAACUCCCUCAUCCGCGCGCUCUCGACCGCCGGGAGCCCCGCCGCGGACUCAUUCCUGGUCUACCGCCGCAUGCUGCGCGCCGGGUCUCCACGUCCCAACAGCUUCACGCUCGCGUUCGGGCUCAAGGCGUGCUCAGCAGCGCCGGCUCCAGGCGAGGGCCGGCAGCUGCACGCGCAGGCGUUCCGCCAGGGGCUCGAGCCGAGCCCCUACGUGCAGACCGGGCUGCUCAACCUCUAUGCCAAGUGCGAGGAUGUUGCGCUCGCCAGGACAGUGUUUGACGGCAUGGUCGGGGACAAGAAUCUGGUCGCUUGGAGCGCGAUGAUCGGCGGGUACUCGAGGGUGGGGAUGGUGAAUGAAGCGUUGGGGCUGUUCCGGGAGAUGCAGGCGGCAGGGGUGGAGCCGGAUGAGGUCACCAUGGUCAGUGUCAUCUUGGCGUGCGCCAAAGCAGGGGCACUUGACCUGGGGAGGUGGGUACAUGCUUAUAUAGAUAGGAAGGGGAUCACAAUUGAUCUGGAGCUGAGCACCGCAUUAAUUGAUAUGUAUGCAAAGUGUGGGCUGAUAGAGCGGGCGAGAGGGGUGUUUGAUGCUAUGGUGGAGAGGGAUACAAAGGCAUGGAGCGCAAUGAUAGUCGGAUUGGCGAUACAUGGGCUUGUAGAGGAUGCGUUGGGACUUUUUUCAAGAAUGCUAGAGCUCAAGGUGAGACCUAACAAUGUCACCUUUAUUGGUGUGCUGUCAGCCUGUGCUCACAGUGGGUUGGUGGACGAUGGACGACGGUAUUGGUCUACUAUGCAAAACUUGGGAAUCAAACCUUCAAUGGAGAAUUAUGGCUGCAUGGUUGACCUCCUGUGUCGAUCUGGACUUUUGGAUGAUGCUUACUCCUUUGUUACUGUUAUGCCUAUCUCACCAAAUUCAGUAAUUUGGAGGACUCUUCUUGUGGCUAGUAAAAGCUCAAACAGGAUUGAUAUAGUGGAAUCAGCAUCAAAGAGGCUCCUUGAGUUAGAACCUCUCAAUCCAGAGAACUACGUUCUGCUCUCCAAUUUGUAUGCAUCGAACUCCCAAUGGGAUAGAGUGAGCUAUAUGAGGAAAAAGAUGAAGGGCAAUAAUGUUACUGCUCUUGCUGGUUGUAGUUCAAUUGAAAUUAAUGGCUACCUGCAUAAGUUUGUGGUGAGUGAUGAUUCACACCCUGAUAUCAAGCAGAUAAGACUGGUACUGAGGGAAAUAGCUGACCGGGUGCUACGAGCUGGCCACAAACCUUGGACUGCAGCUGUGCUACAUGAUGUUGGUGAAGAGGAAAAGGAAGUUGCACUUUGUGAGCAUAGUGAAAGGUUAGCCAUUGCAUAUGGAUUGUUAAAGACGAAAGCCCCUCAUGUCAUUCGGGUGGUAAAGAACUUGAGGUUUUGUCCAGAUUGCCAUGAAGUGGCAAAAAUAAUAAGCAAGUCAUACAACCGAGAAAUCAUUGUUAGGGAUCGUGUUCGUUUCCAUAAAUUUAUGGGAGGAAACUGUUCUUGCAAGGACUUUUGGUGACUGCUUGCUUGAAUGGAUAAUUUAUAUUUGAUUUUUAAAGUCGGUUGCAUAUUGGGAACUAAUUUACACAA